AAAAAGGUGAUUACGAGCGGUUGUCAGCGCGAAAGGAGAGAGAGAGAGAGAGAGAGACGACGGUGGAGAAGGAGAGGAGCGUGGGUGAGAGGGCAGGAGAGGUUGCGGCUACAAUUUGGCAGGAUUCCCGAUUCCGUAUUCUGCAGUGAUCCGCUGCAUCCCCGUGCAGCGCGCGUGCUGUUGUUAUUGUUGUUCACGGUGGAGGAACACGGAGAGAAAGAACGAGAGAGAGAGAAAGGGGCACGCGAGCUCGAGCGGGACGAGGAUAGCGGGCAUUUUUGUUUGGGGUUACAACGCGCAUGUGACGUACGCCACGCUCUCUCCCUCUCUGUCGCUGCCUCUGUGUAUAUGUCUCUCUCUCUCUCGGUGGCUCGAGCACAACUCGAACACAACGUUCCCUCUCAGUGGCCCGUGAACCGCGACCGGAGCAGCACGGUCUCGUUGUCGUUCGAUCGAUCAUCGCACCGACGGACACGCGAUCAUCCCCUCCCUUUUUCUUCCCACGUAAACCACUUUCUUCUUCCUCUCCCCUCGCCGAUACACUCUCCACGACACUUCCGUGCCUCACGAUGGAAGUUUCCGCUCGACCUUGCCUGUGACCACGCAUCUUUCCUCACGCCGCGAAUCAGUGACGCGAAUCUUCGCCACGAUCAUCGCCUCGACUCGUGGACGAUCGGUGUUUUCGAGAAGAAGAAGAAGAGGAAGAAGGAAGAGGUGGUAGUGGUUGUGGUGACGGUGGUGGUGGUCGACGAUCGUCGAUUGAAUCGUAAAAUGAGCACGAUAAACUUGGAACUCGAUUAUUGGUGAAAGGAUUUUUAACCGCCCUUUGGUCGAUCGAGGAUACGGCGGGACUCGUAUCCACUCGGUCGAUUCGAAUCGAAAUCGUUUUGUAAAAGGAAAGAAGUGGUGUGGUAUAAUCGGUCGAUUGAAGACACUCGACGCGACGGUCGUUCGGUUGGACGUUAUCGAGGAAAGUGGCCGCGCGGUUUAAUUCGGUUUUAUUCGCGGUUUAAUCGACUCGUGAAAUGACGAUCGUAAGACACCCUCGGUAAGGGUAAUUAAUUGUCGCCCCGAUUCUCUCGCUAUAUUAACCGUGUGCGCUCUCUCCUUCUCUCUUCUAUUCUCAUACAUACCUACCGUAGUUGCCGCUUUCACGUGGGUCGAUCGGUGACGCCGGGUUUUCUAAUUAAAAAUCGCCGCGCAUAAUUAAACGGAUUUCGUUAACGCGCGAACGUUAACGAAGUUACGGUAACGAGGAUUCCGCGUUGUGCUCGAGGCGCGAAAAGCAGGAGAAGGGAGCGCGCACGCGACCAGCCUAAUAACCGGGUCCGAAAUCGACGUUCGACGUCGGACGAGGGCGACGACACCCCCAUCGAGCACCAUUUUUCCCAACCCUAUCAUUUAUUCACCCGUUCGCGAGACGUUGAAUCCGCGAUCCGAUGAAUUAUUCUCGUAUUCGUUGUACUCGUUGCGGAUGAACAGGCACGCCGUUCUCUCCACGAGAGGGUGGGGGAGGGGCUGCACCGCGAAACACGCUUAGUAAGAAGUUACGUAUUUUUAUGAAACGAUCCACGUUAUGGAGGAUAACGUGGGAUCGUGGAGUUUUUGUUUCGCAUCGAUGCGAAAGGAAAGGGAGGUCUUUCUCUCCCUUUUUCGAGUAUCUUUGCACUUUUCGUUUACGAUGUCGUACAAGUUUUCUACGACGAAGUUAAGGAUGGCAAUAAACCGUCUCCUUCCCUAUCCUUCCGCGUUCAACUUUCUUCUACCCUUUACGGGAAUGACGCGAAGCUUGUUUCGAGUUCCCUUCUCGUUUUGGAUCCGGAUGUAUCGGAGGGUGGUCGAGCAGCUGGAACGCGAUCGAAUGGCAGGUGUCGGUCGAUCCGAAAGCAGAAAUAGCUGUUGUUCGUUGCGGAGUCGUGAUUGCGACACGCGUCGUCCGCCGCCAAGAUAAUUAGCAAGUCCUCGCGCUCCACGAUACUAAUUAGCGGGUAAACGCCGCGCACUGGCGCGCGAGAAAAAUCGAGGGAUCUUUUCGCGCUGGUAAUUAAUCGGUCCCGGCUCGAGUCCUAGCCAAUUAGCAGAGUGCUCGACCGAGCGUGUGCUGCUGAGCCGACGUCUCUUUCGAGGGCCCUGAGCUGAAUCCCCGAACGAGAAUCAUCGCACCCUCCUUUGUGCCUUUUCUUCUCCUUCGUAUCGCGCGUGGAUGGAUCAAUUGCCAGGUGUUGUUUCAACCGUCGUCGAUUCCCAUUCGAAGCUCAUUAAACGCGCGUGACAGAGCGAUUUAAAGAUCGUUUUGACAGGAGGGAAGGAACGAACGAUUCGAGGGGAAGAAUCGAAAAGGGUUGUGAAUGGAAACGAGAGCGCAACGAGUUGUUCGUUUCGCGAAAAAUGAAAACAGACGUUCAAUCUGGGACGACGUCGAGUUACGCGGUCACCGUGGAGAAUUUAGGAUGUGGUCGAUCGGUUGCGCAACCGUUCUCCAUUUCCUAGUUUCGCUCCCUCUCUCUCUCUCUUCGUCUAUGGCGUUUAAUCCGUCGAUUUAACCGGCUAGCUCGCGAAUACCCGUGCAAACUGGUACGUACGCGGUGAAAGAGAGGUAAAAGGCUGCAUUGUCGAUCGUAUUCGGGCGGUAUCAGUUUCCAUUGGACGGGCGACGGGUGGUCCCGGCCCUUUUUCAAUUAAGCUUUGAUCACAGGGACGAGAUAAAACGCGUCGGCUCGGGGCUCGGCUCGUGUCGAGAGCUGAAACGAACAUCGGUCGAUCGGCGGUGGGACGGAGAGACGGAGAGAAGACAGAGAAGAGCGCGACGAGGGGCAAUGCGACGAGACUCCUCUCUCUUUCUCUCCCUCCGCGAUAAAUGGACAAAAAGAAAAACGUUGGUUUAGCGGAAUCACCUUUCGCCCCCGAUCGCUUUUGACGCGCCGUGUCUAUCCACUUAUUAUACGUCGACGAACCGUGUGCCCUCGUAACCGGCGGAUCGGCGGAAACGCGGGAUCCGAUCUCUCCGAUUGUUUGCGAUUAAUGGAGUGAAAAGUACUUGCUCGCCUUUUUUAACGCCUUUUAAUCUCCCUUUUGCUUUCGAUCGAUAUAUCCACCGCCGUGCAAACGGAAAAAUUCCAUCUUCGGUUUCGAUCGGAAUUAAGAUAAAAGAAAAAGGAAAAAGAAACAAAUUCGUAGCUCGAAUACGUUGGCCCAUCGAUCCGGAAGAUAAACGAAAGCUCGAUCGAACGAACGGUCCCGUAUUCGCGUGUUUGCGGACAUCGCCAUCACCCUGUCGAGUUGGCGUUUCGGUUAAUUAAAUACCCGUAGGAGCGACUUCUCUCUUUGACCCGCGAAUUAAUGAUUCCGUUCCUCGAACACGGACGAUCGACGACGUGGAAUCGUGGCAAAUCCUAUCCGAUGAUCGAACGUCAUCCGGGCGUGAAGAAAAGGAAAAAAAAGAGAAAAGGAAACCGAGUCAUUUCCCAGCGAUUUCAGCAUCGCAUCCAAUUGCGUAAAAAAUUAAAUCGAUCCUCGUCGCGUACGAGGAUUCGUACUCGUCUCUCGCGGGAAAUUAAUCGGUGAAUCUCGGCUUCCCGUGGCAAUUAGCGAAAUCUCGGGAUCCGUGAUCGAACCGCGCAUUUUUUCCGCUCUGAGAAAAUUAAUAAAGGAUCGAGACUCUCUCGAAUCGUCUUCGCGAAUCAACUUUACGACGAGACUUUUUUUUUCUUUUUUGGCGAAGCGAACGAUAUCCGCCCUCUGUAAAAAUCCGUUGGAGACACUCGUAACGAGUUGGCGGAGAAUAUACAACGAAUAUAAAACCGAACCGUGUUUCUUCUACUCUCGGCUUUUGACGCUUUUGAAUUUUCGAAACGUGCGAACGCGAGAAGGGGUUAACGCCUCCCGACACUCGACUACUCGCGUUUAAUCUUCCCGGAUGGAGCCAUGAAAAUUGUCGCUAAGAUUACCGCCGCUCUUAAAUUAGAAUUCUCCGUUCGUUCCUCCACGCUGGACGAAUCGAUACCACGAUGCGAUAGUGUGUUGUUGCGACGAGAGAGAGAGAGAGGAGCGUCUGAAGAAAGAUUUUCCGUGACGCGUUUUUCGGUGGCCAGGAUUAAUUAUCGUCGGAAAGGAGCGAGUUGGCGGGGGAGAAGGGGAAGAGACGUCACAUCCGACGCGCGUUUUCUUUCUCGGAUCGGUCGUCGACUGUUUCUCUUUCUCUCUCUCUCUCUCUUUCUCUCCGUUUGGAGGGCUUCUUUCUCUUGGAAAUCGGUCGUUCGUGCUCCAAACGGGGGCUUAAAAAUAUCCCACCGCCCGAAAAUAGUCGAUUCGUGCGUGCGAGCACCCUCAACGUCCUCGUCGCGGUGCCCGUCGCGAGAAAGUCCGCUUCUUUUUCGUUCUUUUUGCUUUCGCAUUUUCACGAGGAACAGUUGGAAAGCAAAUAACUACUCUUCUGCGCGAAUAAAUUCUCCCGUUUUAAUUCGUACGCCGAUCGAAUCCUCCCGUCCUCUCUUCUCCUCUUUCACCGAUUCUUUCUUCUCUCGGAGGGAGGACUUCUCGAUCUCGUGAUCGACAGAUUUCUCGAAGAAUCGUCGAACCGCUUUAAAGGCUCCUUAAAGGGUUCUCGAUGAGUUCUUUUAAGGGAGGAAACACAAUGGAAAGUUGGGGAGAGAAAUCACGGUUCCUUCUUUCCGAGAGGGAGACUUCUACGGCGCUGUCGCAUAAUAAUAGUAAUAAAGCAUAGUCGAUUCUUUCGUUCUCGAGGCUUCCUCGAAGGAAUUUACGGAAUUCCAAGUAGCCGCGUACGUGGGUUCCUCGCUUAGGAAACGAAAUAGUUCGAUUGCGUGAAAGAAUAGAGAUCGUGUGCUCGAUGGGAGAUGGUGUCCCCCGCGUAAUAUCGCGAGCGAUGCAAGAGUCGAAGAGGUUUAGAGUGAGUUUCCGGCAAAGGAACUAGCGGAGGAGAGGGGAGCGAGCGCGAGUGAACAGUGCGAUCGGGAAGUGCGAGCGGCUGUGACGAGAAAACUGUGACAAAUGGUUCAACCAGUGCGCACGGAGAACAACAACUCCGCCCUGGACAUGGAGUCGCUCGAGGAGAUGCUCCGCAAGCUCUCGGAACUCGAGCAGCGAGUGUUGGAAGCGGAGGGUCGAGCCGACGAGGCGGAGGACAAGGUACGGAUGAUGGAGGAGCGGCUAGUGAAGGGUGAAUAUUGCUUGAGCACAUCCGGCGUUGGUUCUCCACCGCAUUCGCUGCCGUCGACUUCCGGUACGCAGAAUGACAAGAUCGAGGAUGUCCAUUGUGCUUGUAUCUCGAAGCUAGAGACACAGGUCGAGGAGCAGAGGCAGUUGCGGCUUCAAGACGCGAGGCAGGUCGAGGCGAAAGCCGCGAGAAUAAAAGAAUGGGUGACUAAUAAGCUGAGGGAAUUGGAACAGCAAAACCAGCAUCUAAGGGAACAGAAUAACAAGUGCAACCAACAGCUGGAGUUACUGAGAAAUCACAUAACCAACAUUGGCCUGAAACCACCUGCCCCCACGAGAGCGUCUCUGUCUCUGGAAGUAGACCCGACGUUGCGCAGACGGUCGGAGAGCUUGGAGGGAACACCACAAGCUAUACCGGAAAGCGUGCAGAGCUCUGUAGCGGAACCACAAGCCGGCACCAAGCACCGAAGACACCUAUCCGCUUGCGGAACUAUACAACGAGGAAUUACAACCACGAAUAUGGACUCAAGCUUAUUGUCGGAAGAACUCGCUGCGGCGGUAGAAAAUUUGGUGAUGUUGCCGAAUAUACCUGGAGUCUCGGAGACGAGCAGAGACAGCGGAAGUUCGGAGGCCAUUCACGAUUACGCGGAGAUUUAUACACCGAGCAGAGAAGGGAUGAAUUGGGCUCAAAGCGCGCAAGGUCCUCGACCGCCUACCCCGCCUCUGCACCGAUUUCCCAGUUGGGAGGCAAAGAUAUAUCAAGUAGCGGAUGGUGGGCUUGGCAUCGGUCCACCUACGAACGAGGAAUCCGCACCUUCCACGAUGACCAAUACGACCAGCUCGUCGAAACAUUCCCAAGCGACAGGGCACAACUUGACUGCCCACAAUUCUCAAGGCUAUUGCGACAUUUCAGUUCCGGUCUACGCAACGGUCAAGGGGCGAGCCAGUCAAAUUAGAUCCAUGCCUUUCGGCGACAGUUCUGACGACAGUUCGGAUGGCGAAGAGCAUCCUAAUCAAACGGAAACCAAUACAAGGAUCACCAACAGUUCAUCGGACAACACAGACUCGUCACUUGGUAGCGGAAGUAGUCCGUCGAAGAGCGUUAAAACUACCAGCAGUCUUAGUCCCGCCAAAAGAAGCUCCAGCGGUUCUCCUAGCAAAAGCGUGAAACGUGACACCUCUCUGGAAUCUGGUUUAUCGGAAGAUUAUGCGAUACCUCCUGAUGCUCUUAGCUCUACCUCCCUUGAAUCUAGCAUGCCUAGUUUGUUAAUGCGAGUCUCUGGUGAGAGUCCAAAACGGCAAGAAUCGUUGGAAAAGACAGGUCAUCUCGCAAAACUCGGUGGUAAAUUGAAAACUUGGAGGAAAAGAUGGUUCGUGUUGAAGAAUGGAGUGCUCACAUAUUGGAAAAGCCAAAACGAUGUAAAUCGAAAGCCUCAAGGUCAAAUUGUGCUGGAUGAAGUGUGCAGGAUAAAUAGGGCGGAAGGUGCGGCCACGUUUGAAAUAGCAACGGGCAAGAAAACGUAUUAUUUAACGGCAGAUUGUAUCGCGACGAUGGAAGAUUGGAUAAGAGUUUUACAAAACGUACAAAGGCGAAAUGCAACGAAACUUUUGCUCAGCAAAGAAGAUAAUAAGCCUACGAUACAGGGAUGGUUGACGAAAGUGAAGAACGGGCACGCUAAGAAAUGCUGGUGCGUCCUCAUCGGAAAAAUGUUCCUUUACUUUAAGUGCCCUAAUGAUACGAAUCCUAUUGGACAAAUAAAUAUGAGAGAUGCUAGAGUGGAAGAGGUUGAACACGUGUCCGACAGUGAUAGCGAGGAAAGGGACGCUGAAUGUCCGCAUGAAAGAACGAUCGGCAUUUUUCCUACUCAUCAAGGCCCUACAUACUUGUUGAUGCCCCAUAAGCAAGAUAAAGACAAUUGGUUAUAUCACUUGACGGUGGUAUCCGGAGGUGGACCUAACGCAGGAACUCAAUACGAGCAAUUAGUGCAAAGAUUGAUGGAAACCGACGGGGAUCCUAGUUGUGUACUUUGGAGACACCCAUUGUUACUACACACAAAAGAAAAUAUCACUAGUCCACUGACUAGUUUGACGUCCGAAGCCUUGCAAACUGAAGCCAUCAAGCUUUUCAAGGCUUGUCAAUUGUUCAUGUCGGUGGCAGUAGAACAAGCAGGCAUAGACUACCAUGUGGUAUUAGCGCAAAACGCAUUGCAACAAUGUAUAGACCAGCCUGAACUACAAUCUGAAUUCAUAUGUGCAUUGGUAAAGCAGACAAGUCGUCACACUCAACACCGUUUGGGCGUACAGGUAAAAAAGGCCGCCAGACUUGUGUCGCUGGGUACUGCGCGCGUUCAGCUCCUUCUCUGCGCCACGCAAUCGCUGUUCACCUGCGAUACGCAAAGUCCCGCGGCAAAUGGCAGCGGUGAAAAUGCGGACGCACAAUCGACGGCCUCCACUUCUCACAGUCCUCCGCUCAUGCAGGGCCAUUCGACUUCUACGAUUUUGGACUGCAAAACUAAUCCCGCCCAGUACGUUCUUAUCCAGGGAUGGCAGCUGCUCGCGCUUGCCGUUUCUCUAUUCCUACCAAGAAAUAACCGAUUACUCUGGUACCUGAAGUUACACUUGCAAAGAAAUGCGGAUACCAAAACGGAAUGCGGCAAAUAUGCAGCUUACUGUGAAAGAGCAUUGGAAAGAACGCUUCAAAAUGGUGGAAGAGAGGUGAAGCCUUCGAGAAUGGAAGUUCUAUCGAUAUUAAUGAAAAAUCCUUACCACCAUUCCUUGCCACACGCGAUACCAGUUCAUUUUUUGAAUGGCACGUAUCAGGUUGUAAGCUUUGAUGGUAGCACAACAAUAGAAGAAUUUCUAAACACUUUAAAUCAAGAAAUUGGUUGCCGAGACGUUCAUCAAUCAGGUUUCACGUUAUUCAGUGACGAUCCGAUUGAAAAAGAUCUUGAACACUUCAUUGAUCUUCAAGCAAAACUUUGUGAUAUAAUCUCCAAGUGGGAAACUGCAUUGAGAGAAAAGGGUUCGGGAAAAUUCGAAAAUACCAGAGUAAUACAAUUAACGUAUAAAUCGCGAUGUUAUUGGAGACAGGCAGCUAAAAUGGAAACCGAUAGAGAGAGACUUCUUCUUUGUUAUCAAGUAAAUCAACAAGUCGUACAAGGCAAAUUUCCGGUAAAUCGAGAACUUGCAUUUGAACUUGCGUCAUUAAUGGCACAGAUCGAUUUUGGAGAAUAUAACAAUGACAAAGCUCGAGGGAGUGGUCCAGGAAGUAAUCCCCAUCAUUUGGUGCUUCAAGCUUUGGACAAAUUUUAUCCCGUACGAUAUCGAACAAAUAUUACUGCCGAACAGUUGAGAGAAUUGCAAGAGAAAUUGCAAGAAAAGUGGCUUGCAUUAAAAGGUCGCAGUGUAUUAGAUUGUGUACGCAUAUAUCUAACUUGCACUAGAAAAUGGCCUUUCUUUGGAGCUACACUGUAUCAAGCAAAGUUGAAGCAAACUGAACCAAUAACCGUAUGGAUAGCUGUUUCCGAAGAUAGUGUUACACUAUUAGAAUUGCAAACAAUGGCAGUGAUGUGCCGUUACAAUUAUGCGAAUAUAGUUACAUUUGGAGGAUGUUUGGAUGAUUUUAUGCUGGUUGCUUGCUCUGAUGAAGGUGCAGCUGAACAGAAACUCUUAUUUGCACUUUCGAAACCUAAGAUUUUGGAGAUAACAUUAUUAAUUGCUGAUUAUAUGAAUGCCUUGGGACACACUUUACCUGGUACUCCACAAAUGAAUACGUUAACUCGUAAUGGAUCUCAUAGAUCCAUAAAAUCAACCCUACGACCCACAACUGGUUCAGGCUGUCUUCCAACGCAACCAGAUAUUUUAAAAUCUACACCAGAUCACCAAAGACCUUAAAAAAAGACUGGUCAAUGGGGAAAAAAGCAGGGGAAUACAGCACUUGAUUCAUGAAAGUCUGAUCCUAUCAUGGCACUAACUUUAUACUCGAAGAUACUACAAGCUGUAUUAUAAAAAUCCGCGUAACGAUAUUCUGGACGACACUCAGCAACAUGUGCGCUGUAGUUGAUUUUAGUUGCGUUUUGUGUAAAUUAGAAAUGAUGCUUGAUAAACAUUUCUGUGUACAUACCUGACAGCAUGCAAAACUUUGUGGUCCACGUUGCGUUGAUUUGAACGUGGGUGACUGAAAUUAAUCGAAAACGAUUUGCAACACUGCCUAAGUAAAUUAGUAUAUCUAAAAUUACAUCGAAUAGUUUCAUUGAAAAAGCUAAAGCAUUGUGCUGAAACUUUUUGCUACCGUAUUUAUAUACCAAAUUCAAAACAUUUAGCGUAAGAUAACUAAACAGAAGUGGUGUAUUACAUAUGUAUAUAAUUAAUCAGAGUUACUGAAUGUUUAGAAGUCUAGCACUGUCUAGAACUUAUGCAGCGAUACCUUUGUGUUUAAUAUAAGAUUAUAUCGACGAAAUUUUUAUUUUUUGCCAAAUUAAUUGCAAUACAAUGAGCUGCAAUUAAUUUGCAGCUAUAAACAAAAAAAACAUAAAAAUAUAAAAAUUUUCAGAUUUUUAAUGUUUUAUUUAAAAUAACUGUACUUACUAUAAUUGUAUAUUUAUAUACAAUACCUCGAUUAUAUUAUUCAUACAAUGAUCUGUUUUAAUUCUAAAAAUAUCAUAUAAUCUUUUAUUGCAUCUAUUAAUUAUUUUUUAUAUAUUUUACAACUUUUAAUUUCAAAAAAUAGUAGGAAGAGUAAGUACAGAUAAUAUUAAAUGUAAAUCUAAUUGAAUUAAAGCUCAAUCAAAAAAAAAAUUUUUCAUCAGAAAGUGACAUAUAGAACAUAUUAUCAUAUUAUUUUGAUAACAGCUAGUCUUAUAUUUUAUAUUUAUUUAAUGUUUAAACAAAUAAGUUUGUUUUAUAAGAACAUGACCAAAUAGAUGUAAUGGGAACGCGUUUUUUUUAAAUAAUUAAUAUCGUUCCUGCGAUAACAUAUGUGCAACAUUUUUGUACCAAUUAAAUAAUAAUCCCUUCAUAUAUAGAAGUUUUGUACUUGCUUGAUGGUGUCCUACAUAACUAGCAAAUGUCUUCCUUCUCUUUAGUAUCCAGAAAUAAAUAAAAGUUGAAAGUAGGGCUUUCGUGCAAUAUGUACAAGACUUCUAUACUUUUAUAAUUCCUGAGAUAGGCUGAUAUGACUGUGCCUCUCUGAGCAGUAUAGACAAAGUAAUUUUAUGCACGGCUUUGUUUAGCGCAUUGAAGAUUUAUAUAAAAUAAGAAACGAUCGAACCUCAGAUUACUGGGAGCAGUACAAAGAUAUGCAAGAACGACAUUUUGUCUUUAAUUUUUAUAAUACGCAAUGAAAUGCUAUCAUUUAGGUGCUUAGCACCUUUGUAUUAUGAUACAGUAAAAAAGAGUCAUUGAUCUGUAAAUAUCACUUAGAUUUAAGUUUCUAAAUAUAAUAGAAUGAAAAAAUGGCAGCUGAUAAAGGCUACAAUCGUAGAAAUUUCCUGCGAUCGUUUGGCUGCUAUGGAAUAUUCUACUGAGCCUACCAUCUUAUAUUUCUAUUUAUUAUUUAUUCGCAUAAAACGAUGCAUAAAGGCACGAGCGGUAUACGCGAAAAGCAUUGUACUAUUGUACAGGAAAAGAAAUAAACUGCUCGGAUCUAUACUUUAAAA